UUGCAUUACUGAUAAUGUAGUAAAAAGUGUAAAAAAGCUUUUACUUGGCAAAGAUUUAUGCAACUUUUACAUAGCAAAAGUUUGUUUAGUGAAUACACGAAUUUUUUUAAUAAAAAUUCGAGCUGUAGUUAUUACAGAUUCAUUUAGCGGAGAAAGUGAAACAAACCACGAAUGUAGUGCAUCUAAAAGUAACAGACUUAUAGGCGAUCAGCUGCAGGUUACGAACGGUCAAACACGGUCAAAUCUGAUCCUAGAUCAUUCUCAAGCAUGAAUACGCUGCGACGAAUUCAGCAAAUAUGCAGACACUUCAAUAAAAGUGCCAUCAUCUCUCUGCAACGAUGUGACACGAUUCCAUUUUUCAGAACAUACGCAUCGACAGUGCGAGCGAGACAACCGGUGGAGAACAAUUGCGACGAUCGGCCAGGCAACAAGAAGCCGGUGAUCAACGAGACGACGAUUAAGAGAAUCGAGAAGCUGGCGCUGGUUGGUUUCGAGUACGAGCAAAGUAAACGAGUGCUAGAGGAAGCAAUAGCGUUUGCAGAACGGCUGCGGACGGCACACAUCGACGAGUCAGUACGUCCGAUGUACAGCACCCUGGAGAACGAUCACAUUCGUCUGCGGGACGACGUGGUGCACCACGACGUCGAUCGACGAGAGAUACUGAAAAACGCAGCAGUAUUAGAAGAGGAGUACUUUGUGGCACCUUUAACAACAGAUAAAUCCGAUUCCAAACAAUGAGUUUGGAAGCUAUACUG